AGUUGAGGCUUUAACCUGAGCCCUUCGUGCACCUCCACACACACACACAUACACACAUACACACACACACACUCUCAUACACAGCGAGGAGAGGGAGAGGAACCUGUCCUCCCAUCACACAACCAUGAGUAGCAUUGGAUAUGACCCCUACUACUCCUCCUCACCAUACAGGCGCUGGUAUGUGGAGGCCCCCCCUCGUGUAAUGAUGACCAGAGGAAGGACGCACUCUGUCUACUCUUCCCACGCUUCCCCGGUGUCCUCUUCCCGUCUGCAGUACUCUUCUCCCAGCCGGGUGCUGCUCUCCUCAUCUUUGCCAGCUUCAUCCCUGGAGUUGGAGCUCAGUCAGGCAGCCCAGAUCAGCUCAGAGUUUCGGGCUGUACGCACCCAGGAGCGCACCCAGUUACAGGAGCUCAAUGACCGCUUUGCAGGCUUUAUCGAGAGAGUGCGUGAGCUGGAGCAGCAGAACCGAGCUUUGGAGGCGGAGCUGAUGCUCCUGAGGCAGAGGCACACUGAACCAUCCCGUCUGAGAGCACUGUACGAGCAGGAGGCCCGGGCCCUGAGGGCAGCUGUGGACGAGGCCAGAGCAGAACAGCAGGCUGCCCUUGGACAGAGAGAGCGGCUGGAACAGACCUUGACUGCCCUACAGGGUCGAUAUGAACAGGAGGUCUUGGCUCGUGAGGAGGCCGAGGGUAGGCUGAUGGAUGCCCGACGUGAGGCUGAUCAGGCAGCUUUAGCCAAGGCUGAGCUGGAGAAGAGCAUCGAAACUCUGCUGGAGGAGCUGACUUUCCUCAAGAGAAUCCAUGAGGGGGAGGUGGCUGAGCUCCAGGCCCAGGUCCAGCUGGGCGUCCAGGUAGCUGUAGAAUCUGAAGCUGCAACCCCUGACCUCUCCGGGGCUCUGAGGGACAUCCGGUCCCAGUAUGAAAGGCUGGCAGCAAGGAACAUGCAAGCAGCAGAGGAGUGGUUUAGAGGAAAAGUGGGAUCCAUGACUGAGUCUGUGGCCCAGCACACCGAUGCAGUGAGGAGCUCCAAGGACGAAGCAGGAGAGUACCGACGCCAGCUCCAGACCCGCCUGCUCGAGAUUGACGCAUGCAGAGGCCUCAAUGAGUCCCUGGAGAAACAGCUGCAUGAGAUGGAGGAGAAGCAGAGUGCAGAGAUUGCAGCUAUGCAGGUCAGAACAUGACUUAUUGAACAGUAACCUUUAACACUUAAGCUUUUCCUCUCAUGCUGUGUGUCCUUCAUCUUUAUGUUUGAAACUUGACUUUUUCUUCUAUCUAGGACACCAUCGCAGAGUUGGAAGGUGAGCUGAGAGGCACCAAACAGGAAAUGGCACGCUACCUGAAGGAGUAUCAGGACCUCCUGAAUGUCAAGAUGGCUCUGGACAUAGAGAUUGCUGCAUACAGGUAAAAAAAAAACAAUGAAAAAGAGGCAAAAAGGAAAAGAUUGAAGGGCAUCAAAGUGACUAAAUUCGUUAAAAGUACUGAUUCUAUUACACUGAAGUAGAUGCAUAACAGCUUAUUAUCUUAAUGGUAUUAAAACAGUUAUCUAAGGUUAUUUAAACUUGAUUUCUUAUUUGUAGGUUGUGUUACAUUUGCAAAUUUACCAAUAAUCUAUCACUUUAGAUCUGGUUGAAAGUGAAAACAUUGUCAAUUCCAAACUUAACACAUUCUCUUUCCAACCUGUACAGGAAGCUGCUGGAGGGGGAGGAGUCCCGCUUCAAUGUGGGUCUGGUUGGGGGCGUGUCCUCUCUGUACAGCCACAGUGUUUCUGCUCCCUCCUUCACCCGACCUGUCCUCUCCAGCCUGAGCUCAGGUGCCUCCUACCUGAUGACAUCACGCCUGCUCAGCUCCACCAUUAGCACCCCUGAGGGUCUCAUCUCUGCGAGCCAAGCCCAGCAAGCAGAGGCCAGCCCACCUCCAGAAGAGGAGGAGGGGGAGGAGGCAGGGGAGGAGGAGGAAGCAGAGGAGGAGGUAAAGGAAGAAGCAGGAGAGGAGGAGGAGGAGAAAGAAGAGGAGGAGGAGAAAGAAGAGGAGGGAGGAGAGGAGGCAAAGGGGGAAGAAGAGGAGGAAGAGGGAGGAGAGGAGGAGGGUGACAAAGGUGAGGAAGAGGAGGCUAAGGAAGGAGAAGAGGAGGCUAAAGAGGGAGAAGAAGGUAAGUGCAUUCUCGUUUUUAGCAAGCUUUCUAUAGCUCAGUUUAUUUCAGUAUGACCAAACUCUUUUUCAACUACGAUACAGGUGGUGAUGAAGAGGAGCAAAAAGAAGAGGUGACUGAGGCUGCUGAAGAUGAGGGAGAGAAAGAGGACAAAGAAGAAGGAGAUAAUGCCGAAGAAAAGGAGGACGUAGAAGGAGAGGAAGAAGAAGCACAAGAGGAGGGAAAAACCCAAGAAGCUGGUGACGAGAAAGAUACCAAAGUAGAAGCUAAAGAGGUAAAGGAGGAAGAAAAGAAGAGCGAUGAAAAGGAAGAAAAGGCUGAUACAAAGAAAGACGACAAAGCCGACACCAAAUCUGACAAAGACAAGGAGAAGGCCGCUCCAAAAACAGAAGAAAAAGCUGAAACCAAAAAGGAGAAAGAGGAGGAAAAACCAGCUAAAGCUGAAGCUGCUGAAGACAAGAGCACAAAGGCCAAAAAGUGAGCCAGUAGCACCAGCAAACUUCGGUCCAGCCUGCCCAUUAGCUCAAUAACCAGUAGCGGCAUCUACACUAUCCUGUCAGUACAGCUUGUUAACAUGGUGCUCAAUGAAACAGUCCAAUAGCCAUUUACAGAAACAAAUCAAGGUUACCUGCUUGCCAAUAUCCAGAGUAGUCCGUGAAGGUCUGGUUGCACAAUUCCUGAUGAUUUCAAAGAGUUGAAUGUAAAGCUUGAUGAGUGUGAGUGAAUGUGAUGGUUCAAUAAACUUCUCGUAACGCCACAUGUGUCUCUUUAUCUGUCUCUGGAGUCUUUACCUCUCUUCUGUUUGAGGGUAAGUAUGAUUUGAUGAAUGGUUUUUCUGUUGGU